AUGUCCUUCCUUACCCGCCUCCUCCCCUUUCCCUCCCAACCCGCCCCCCGCCCCCAAAACACCAAACCCCGCAUCUUCUACAACCCACCCGACGCCGACCCGGACCGCGGCCCGCCGUCCUCCGACUCGGCUGACUCGGAAGUGGACGACCUCCUCGCCCUCUUCCCCCGACCUUCCCUCACCCGCCCACCACCACCCAUGCGCCUCACCCUCACUCCAAAACCGCACGUCUACGGCUUCCCGCCGAGUGGCGGCGUGCUCGUCCUCACUACCCCUGCGCCGGCGGAUCUGGAGUUCCUCGGCCUGCCUGCUAUCCCGGCUGAAGAGAUCCCGCCGCCACCACUGGAAGAAGGGAGAGAGAAAGAGGAAGAAGAGGCGUUCUGCGAGCGCAUGCGCUUGCUCGGCGCGCAGUGGUGGAAGGAGGGCGAGGCGGAGAUGCGCAGGGCGGAGAGGUUGAGAGGGCGCUACCGCCUCGAUGCUGACGGGCUGGACUUGGGCGGGUUGCGGACGGUGCGGAUUGUGGCGGUGGGGUUUGAGGCGGAGGGGGCUGCUGUUAUUAGUGGGGCGGCGGAGGGAGGAGGCGGCGGCGGCGGCGUUUGGGUUUAUCGCGAACGCUGGGGUCAGAGGGAGGAGGCCAAGUUCAGGCGGCGAGACGAAAGAAGGCGCGAGGACGAGGAGCUUGGGCGCGAUGCUGUGGAUCAUGAGGCGCGGAGGAGGGGCCGUCAUGCGCGGAGGAGGGAGCGGCGGGAGGAGGAGAGGCGGAUUGUUAGGGUGGCCGCGGCGCGGACGAUGGAGGAGAGGUGCAGGGUUAUCAGGGAGUGUGAGGGAGAGUACUUUGAGAGCGUCGAGGCGUGGAGGAAGGUUGUGAUGGAGGAGCACGUGAGGGAGGGGGUUCUCGCGCCGGAUCGGGAUAGGUUGUUUCGGAAGACUUAUGAGGAUGGGUACUUCCUUUGA